GGCCGGCUGGACAAUAGUGGCCUGUGUUUAUCUUUUUUAAGGGGAACAGUCACUGUGUUGUUCCAACUACUACAUAUAUAGUUAUGGAGUUGAGCCUUUUUAGUUAUUACACAAUACACAUACAGAAAAAUUAAUUGUGUUACAUAACAGUAAUUAUUACUGUGUUAAUAAAAUGUUCUUAGUUACCAGAGAAAUUACAGCAUUACGACAGGUUUAUUGAUUUUAUGAUGCUAGCAUUCAAAUUGAAGGUCUCAAAACGUCUUGAACACAAACUUCAUAUCCUACAGUGUGCUGUGUUAAUCAGCACCAAAGCACCAUGAAUUGCAUACUGGGACUUUCUGUAACAGUAGGAUCAAAGGUGAAGUAGCAAUUUACAUGAUACAGCCUACAGUUCUGUAUAACCAUUAGCAUAGCAAACAUGAACACCUUUCUCACAGAGCCUAAAGCUGAGGACCGGUGGUCCUGGAACUGAUGUUGAUUAUUGUAGAUUCAGUUGUCUGUGUUACUGUAUGUGGGAUUAGGGAGCACCAUACAUACAGCACAGAUAAUCUAUGGGGUUACUCAUUUAUCCAUUCCUUUGUGCUGUCCAGAGUUUCACAGACCAUCUAGGAAGUCAUAAAAGUUCAACUUUGAGUUGUUUAUGAUGUGAUGGAUUGUGGAAGGGUGGCUCUUUUGGUCUCUUAAGGCAGCGAGGUGUAGUGUUAGUGAUCAAGGAGUUAAGCUCUCCCCUGCAAAGUAGAUAUAUUUCCUUUAUCUAAACCUCACCCUGGAGAUUCUGCAUCCUGGAUCAGGAUAGACAACGACAGUAAAACAGAAUAGGCGUGUGUAUCAAGAGGCAGAGCUCGGUCGAUCUUGAGUGGCUGGGAAUACUGGAGAGAUACAAAGGUUAGCUUGGAUUUAAGUCAUGUUUACCAGUAAGUAAACCCUCUGGAUUUGAACUGGUGGAGUUUUUCACUGGUCUUAGGAAUCAUGUACAGCUUGGUGUGGCAUGUCCAAGGACAAAGUUCCAAUCUGAAUGACCAACUGGGGAGGAAGAGAAGGACGGUGGUGUCCUCCCUCACAGAGGAUGAAGAGCUGACGGAAGUCCCCAAGUCAUACAGCAGCAACAAGGUGAACACCACCAAGUACUCCUUCCUCUCAUUUGUCCCCAAGAACCUGUUUGAACAACUCCAUCGCUUCGCAAAUGUCUAUUUCCUCUUCCUGGCAGCUCUGAACUUUAUCCCAGUGGUCAAUGCCUUUCAUCGCAUUAUUCCCAUUCUCCUGGUGCUGUCAGUGACAGACGUGAAGGAUCUCUGGGAAGACUAUAGAAGAGACAAAUCAGACAAGAUCGCCAACGGACGCAUCUGUGAGGUUUACAGCAAGAAACAGCAGACUUAUGUGGACCAGCGUUGGCAGGACGUCCGCGUGGGGGACUUUGUCCGUCUGUCCUGUAACGAGAUCAUUCCUGCAGACAUGCUGCUGCUGUACUCCUCUGACCUCCACGGCAUCUGCUACAUCGAGACGGCCAACCUGGACGGGGAGACCAACCUCAAACAGAGACAGGUGGUCAGAGACCUGCCACAAUGUCAUCUGUUUCAGGGUUCCGAGUUGACUCCAGAGAACUUCCACAGUCGCAUUGAAUGCGAGAACCCCAACAACGACCUCAGCCGGUUUCGAGGUUACAUGGAACACCCCAGUAAUGCUCGUGUGGGCUUACACAACGACAACCUCCUCCUGAGAAGCUGCACCAUCCGCAACACAGAGACCAUCAUAGGCAUCGUGGUCUAUGCAGGUCACGAGACCAAAGCCAUGAAGAACAACAGUGGGCCGCGGUAUAAACGCAGUAAACUGGAGCGCAGGAUGAACAUGGACAUACUGUGGAGUGUUGUCCUGCUGGUCAUCAUGUGUCUGACCGCAGCUAUAGGCCAUGGUCUCUGGCUCAGGAACCUGGAAGAAGCUUCCUUUCUGAUCCCUGACACGACAUCUCCUGCCCUGGCUGGCUUUUACCUGUUCUGGACCAUGAUCAUAGUACUACAGGUGCUCAUCCCUGUCUCCCUGUACGUGUCCAUCGAGAUUGUCAAACUGGGUCAAAUCUUCUUCAUCCAGAACGAUGUGGACUUCUACAAUGAGUACCUGGACUCCAGGAUCCAGUGUCGAGCCCUGAACAUCACAGAGGACCUGGGUCAGAUCCAGUAUGUGUUCUCAGACAAGACUGGCACACUGACGGAGAACAAGAUGGUGUUCCGGCGUUGCACCAUUGCUGGGGUGGAGUACCCCCACGAGGAAAAUGCGCGGAGACUUGAAGUGUACAAGCAGGAGGAGGACGAGGCGAUGGGCCGCUCCCACACGCUCAAGUCACGUGCCAGCGCCAAGUCCCUGAGCUGCAAGUCGCUCAGCUGCAACCGCAGCUCCGUGUCCCUGCACACACUGACAGGCCACUCAGAAGGGGAGGGGGAGGAGACCCCCAGCCCCACCCUUCCCCGACAUAGCGCCUUCAGUAGCCCUAUGGAGAAGGAUGUAGUCCCGGACCCUUUCCUGGUGCAGAAGCUGAACUGUCUGUCCUCCCCGCUCUUCCUUUUGACGGACGCCAGUAUGGAGCUCACCUACAUCGUGGAUUUCUUCAUGGCUCUGGCCAUCUGCAACACGGUGGUGGUGUCCUCACCCAACCAACCCCGCCAUGUGGUCCAGGUGCCUGAGGUCUCCCGUUCCCCCCUUAAAUCCCUGGAGGACAUCAAGAUGCUGUUCCAGCGUUUCAGCCUCCCCCGCUUCUCCACACUCUCUCCUCCACACACUACAGAGAGUACUCGCAGCUUCACCGGCAGGCUCUUCGCCAGGGGCAAGCCAGCCACCUUCACCCCCAGCCCUUCCCCUAUCCCCACCAAGAGGGGUACAGAUCCAGAUGGGGAGCCUAACUUUGAGGCCUCCAUCCUGAUUAUCAAACCAGGGCUGGCUGGACCCCCUGGAGAGGAUGGGGACCAAGGGGAUGAGGAGGAAGAACAUGGCUCUUGGAAAGGCGAAGAGGACAAGAUUGUACAACUCAACCCAGGGGCCUGGAGCGGGCUGGAGAACUCUAAUGGAGCCCAAGACCCUCCCGGUGAACUUGGGGCAGACGAACUGAUCUAUGAGGCGGAGAGCCCAGACGAGGCGGCUCUGGUCCACGCGGCAAGGGCCUACCAUUGCACCCUGCGGGGACACUCGCUGGAGCGCCUUCUGGUGGAGCUGCCGGGGAUGGGCAGCCUGGCCGUGCGCCUGCUCCACAUCCUGCCAUUCGACUCCACCCGCAAGAGGAUGUCUGUGGUGGUCCGCCACCCACUCACCAAGCAGGUGGUGGUCUACACCAAGGGCGCCGACUCCGUCAUCAUGGACCUGGCAGAGUUACCUAAAGGUGCUGAGCAGUCAGAGAGCAGGCAGGGUCACAUCAGAGAACAAACCCAGAAACACCUAGACAACUACGCCAGGGAAGGCCUUCGCACCCUCUGCAUCGCUAAAAGGGUUUUGGAGGAGGAGGAGUAUGAGGUUUGGUUGAAGCGUCAUGCGUUUGCGGAGACCAGUAUAGAGAACAGAGAGGAGCUUCUACUGGAGUCUGCACAAAGACUGGAGACCAACCUGACUCUACUGGGGGCAACAGGGAUAGUGGAUAGACUCCAGGAAGAGGUCCCAGAGACCAUCGAGGCACUACAGAGAGCAGGGGUCAAAGUAUGGGUCCUCACUGGGGACAAACAAGAGACUGCCAUAAACAUUGCCUGUGCCUGCAAACUACUCAGAUCCACAGACCACCUGCUGACUGCUAAUUGUGGUAGCAAGGAGGCGUGCAAGGCCUUGUUGUUGGAGCUGCGGGCGGAAAUGGAGUGCGGAGAGGCAGCUGAGGGUACGUCGGGCUUCACCCUGGUUAUAGACGGGCGUACGCUAGAGUUUGCCCUGCAGGAGGACCUGAAAGGGGACUUCCUGGAGCUGAGCCGGUGCUGCAGGGCCGUGAUCUGCUGCCGCUCCACCCCCCUGCAGAAGAGCCAGGUGGUACGGCUGGUACAGGACCAGCUCCAAGUCAUGACCCUCGCCAUAGGUGAUGGAGCCAAUGAUGUCAGUAUGAUCCAGGUAGCAGAUGUUGGCAUUGGGAUAUCUGGCCAGGAGGGCAUGCAGGCUGUGAUGUCCAGUGACUUUGCCAUCUCCAGGUUUAAACACCUCCGCAAGCUGCUGUUGGUCCAUGGACACUGGUGCUACACACGCCUGGCAAACAUGAUUCUCUACUUCUUCUACAAGAAUGUGAUGUAUGUUAACCUGCUGUUCUGGUACCAGUUCUUCUGUGGAUUCUCGGGGAGUGUUAUGACCAACUCCUGGGUGCUCAUCUUCUUCAACCUCCUCUUCACCUCUGUCCCUCCCCUUCUCUAUGGGAUCCUGGACAAAGACGUGUCUGCAGACACCCUCAUUAAGUUACCGGAGCUCUACAAAUCUGGACAGAAUUCCAAGGCCUACCUCACUUCUACCUUCUGGCUGACAAUGCUGGAUGCUAUUUACCAAAGCCUUGUCUGUUUCUUUGUUCCUUACUUUGCAUACGCAGGGUCGGAUGCAGACAUGCUCUCCUUUGGUUCGCCCAUCAAUGCCUCGUCCCUCCUCAUUAUCCUACUGCACCAGGUCAUCGAGAGCCGCACACUGACAUGGCUACAUGCAUUAUUGCUGAUGGGUAGUGCUCUCUUCUACUUCUCUUUCACCCUGGUCUUCAGUGUGGUGUGUGUGACGUGUAGCCCCCCCAACAAUCCCCUUGGUGUGGACAAGCUACAGAUGUCCCAACCACUCUUCUACGGAGUGUGUGCCCUCACCACCAUGCUGGCACUGCUACCAAGAUUCCUGUUCCAGGCCCUGCACAACAGCAUUUGCCCCUCUGACACAGUGAAGGCUGCUCUGAUGGACCAGCUCAAUCCAGAUGACUACUGUAGAAGGAUGCAGCGCUGGAACCAGACCCAGGCCCAGAUUAAAACCAGAAGUCUGGUCAUCGACGUGGAAGACUCAGACAUUAAGGUCCCUGACCCUGACUUCAGACUCCCUUCAGAGCUGAAGGAAGGCAGUGCUGCCACUGGCUCUUUGCUCUCCUGACCUCACAGAGGCUACAGGGGGUGGCUACCACAGGAGGCUGCUGAGGGGAGGACGGCUCAUAAUAAUGUCUGGAGUGGAGUGAAUGGAAUGGGAUCAACCACAUGGAAAACAUGUUUGAUAUGUUCCAUACCAUGCAUUAAUUAGGUUCCAGCCAUUACUUUGAGCCUGUCUUACCCAAUUAAGGUACCACCGGCCACCUGUGGUGGCUACAGGGGGAGGCUGCAGGGUUCAACCCUAACACCCUUCAAAACUAGCUGUCUUGCAUGGGUUGCUCACUGAUGAUGAUGGUUAAGAACACCAUGCUGUCUAUCCAUGGGAAAGAGAUGGAUAUGUUUCUCACAUGUGCCUAGAGUUGCAUUAACAUGGAGUCAUGGAUGUAUAGCCUCUCCUGGUACUUGAGAAAAGAUUGGUGAUGUGGACUUUUUGUAUUUUUUCUUCUGUAACCUUUAAUUAACUAGGCAAGUCAGUUAAGAACAAAUUCUUAUUUACAAUGACGGCCUACAGGUGAAUAUACUGAAUCCACACAAGUGCAUCGAGAGUAAAGACACAUUAGAGAUUCAUAAAUGUGUCUCUGCAGUACGCUAGUACUUUGACACACUCAGGUGUGAGGCAUAGUGCACUACACCCUAACAUUCCGCAAGGCGUGGUCCAUUCUGGUCCUCUUCAGAGUGCUCUGAGCAUGUAGGGAACAGAAUGCUAGUAGUUAUCAUAGUCUUAGUCCCCAGUAGCUAGCUACUCUCAGAAGAAUGCUUAUAGGUUGAUUUAGCGACUGUUUAACUCCUCAUCUUGUCACCAAGUUAUGAAUGGGAGCUGUGAAACAAUUGUUAUGUGACGUGAAGGGUGACAAGUUUAUUUUAUUUUCAUUCUCUUUUGUCAUGAAAACAUGUGUACUGCACUACAUGGUUACAUUCCUCUACUGAAUCAUGUUACGCAAUCCCAGGUAACGUGAAAGAAUAUUUGAAUGUUCUUUUUUCUGUCAUUUACACAGCUUGGUUGAGAAUUGGUGAAACGAUAUGCUAGAGUGCGUGCAAUGUUUGGAAUAUGUUUACAAUCCUUGAACUGCAUACACUUCUUUGUAAAGUUAGCAUCAAGCUAUGACUCGGUUUGUGUUUACGCACAUCUCUUUGUUGUUGGUGUUUCUUAAACAAACACACCAAAAUGAAAUUGUGAACAACGCAUAUUAUUGCAUAUGAACCGGGGAGACUGGGAGGUCACAUAGAGUACCAGUCAUAAUACCCAUAAAAUGGUUCCAAUCGUUUUUCCGCCCUUCAUUUUUCUCAUAGGAGAUUUUAGAAACACUUCAAAUAAGAGCUGUGUUUCACGUCACCCUGGUGUGACGUUUUGAUAACCGUGUAAAUCUCUCUAGGACAACAAGUUACUUUUUAUCAAUAUAUUCACAUGUAUUUACUUCCCAAAAAUGAAAUGCUAAUUAGUUGCUAAUGUGGCUAUCAUAAAGAACUACAAAUGCCAUGGUGAUCUGGAUUAACUAUCUGUCAGCUAAAUUUAGUAUUGAAUAAAUUGGUUACAUUUAUUUAUAUUUACAAUUCUGUGAACUGCCGUGUGCAAGUUUUAAAUUGACACAAUACCUGUUAGCAAAGGUGUCAGCGAGAGAUGACGUGCAGGAGCUUGCAGGGAUUUGUAGUUUUGCAUAAUGGCUACUUUGAUGCUAAUUAGCAUUUUCGAAUCUGAGAGUAAAUAGAGAUGAAUAUAUUGAUAAAAGUCACCUUGUCGGAGAGAUUUACAUGGUUAUCAAAACGUCACACCUAGGUAAGCUUAAACAAAACACAAUCCUUAUUUUAAGCGUUUCUAAAAUUCUCCAUGGGAAAGAUAAAUGGUGGGAAAACUUUUCACCGCUAGGUUUUAUGGGUAUUAUGAUACCCCAAUGCAGAGCUCUAUAGUUGGGCAAAAUCCAAAUGCUGUACAGUGGCCUUACCCUCCUAACUACUGAUCUCUGUGGCUUGUGUAGGUGAUAACAGUAUGUAAAUGUAUGAAUCACACUUGAAUCUAUUUUGACAGGAGUUUACUUGGAUUUGGCAUGGACCUGACAUUUCCCACCACUAUUACCUACCAACCCGCACUUAGCUGUAGUCAUGUUCGGUAAAGGAGCCUUGAAGUCCAUUUAAACAUGGGCUGUAUUGAUUUAUUUAACCUUUAUUUUCUUAUUGAGGUACAAUCUCUUUUUCAAGAGAGACCUGGCCAAAGGGCAGCAUACGUUUAGUUAGAAGACAAGGACCAAAAUGCAAUGAAAAUUUACACACUGGAAAUUGAAAAUGGGAAGAUGAUAGAGAUCCUGGGGCUUCUAAAGCAAGACAACCAAAAGUGCAACUUAAUAGGCUUAAGUACAGGAAGAGGGUUCAGAUAUGGCCCUCCUGUAUGUGAAGUAGGCUUUACAAAUAUUCUCUUGAGUUUGCCUGGACAAUGCCAUUGCCAUUUAUAUCUGCUUCUGAGAAGUGACCUCAAUGCAACUGCCUCUACCACAUGCAAAUCUUCUUUAGAUCAAUUAAUCCUCAGUAUUUUACACACUGACUGACCAAAAUUAGACUCUUUUUUUUAAAUGUUUUUUUUUACAGUAAAAUCCUGCUUGUCAAAUCCUACGCAACAUGGAAAAGGCAGCUGAUUUGACCUAUAGUGAAAUUGUAAAAGCGAUGAUUAUAAAUGAGUUGUGAACUUGUUUAUAAUAAAAUCAUUAUUUUAUAUCAACUUACUUCCAAAUGUGUGUACGGCUGUAAAUACAUUAGCAAAUCACAUGUUCUGUGUCAUGUUAUUUUUUUAAAACUUAGUGUUGUCAAAUGUCAUGUACAUUUGUGUACAAUAAUGAGAUUUAUUAUAUGCCAGCAAACUACUUAAUUAGUAUUCUGAACAAGGGUUAAGGGGUCUAAGUCAACCCCUCUUCCCCCUACCCGCUACCACUUUAUUUAUUUUGAAAUGUAAAGAACAGUGUAAUCCUACAAGCAAGCUGUGGACUUUGAGAUGCAGUGGACACAUCACUAUGGCACAGCCAUACCGUAGGCUUACAGUAUGUUCUGUUUUGUUGUGGAAUGACGUAGCAUGUCUAAUUUAAUCUUCCCAGCCAGCAGCCGAGACAACUUCCUCGUAUGGUAGUUUUAUUUUGAUCAGUCAGUGUGUCGAUUUCGGUCUGUGCUUUUAGAAUGUUGAGUCGACUCGGUGACCUGACAGGUGGAGACUGAGAAGCGCACAGGUGAACUGCCAUCGUUUACACGAUGAGCUACUACAGUGAUACGCCAAGUGUCGACGAUGAGUUGGAGUCGUUAGGAUGGUACCACUUUGACCUGUCCCGCCAUGCCGCUGAAGCUCUCCUCCUAUCCAAUGGGAAAGAUGGCAGCUAUCUCCUCCGAAACAGUCAUGAGGGUCCUGGCAGCUUUGCCCUCUCUGUCAGAGCCAAGGAUUCAGUUAAACAUUUCCAUGUGACACGGAAAAGCAGUGGAUAUGCUUUUGGCUUCAAUGAGUUUGCGUCCCUCCAGGACUUUGUCAGCCAUUUUGCCAACCAGCCUCUGCUGGGCAGUGAGACAGGUACCCUCAUUGUCCUUAAAUGCCCAUAUCCAUGGCGUGUAGAAGAACCGUCCAUCUAUGAGUCUGUGCGGGUUCACACCGCCAUGCAGACAGGACGAACAGAGAGCGACCUGGUGGCUAACGCUCCAUCGGUAUGACCACAAGCUCAUUUAUUAGUGAAGCAAACAUGGGUUAAUCAUAACAACAUAAUUACUUAGGUCAAGUAUCACCUCAUGAGAUAUUGUUUUUUUAAUGAUUUUGUUCACAGUUUGGAACAAAGGAGGGCUAUCUGGUAAAGUUAGGAGCAGUCGUAAAGAACUGGAAGCAGAGGUGGUUCACAUUAAACAGAAAUGAGCUCAAAUACUUUAAGGACAAAAUGUUUGAUGAGCCUAUUCGCACCCUGGAUCUGACAGCAUGCUCUGCAGUCCAGUUUGACUACUCCAAGGACAGAGUCAACUGCUUCUGUUUGGUGUUCCCUGAGAGGACAUUUUAUCUGUGUGCCAAGAGUGGUGUGGAGGCAGAUGAGUGGAUCAAGAUAAUACGAUGGAAACUGUCACACAUAAGAAAAGAAAGAUGACAACAUGAAGAGGAGGAGCCAAAAGAUGCAUAUUCUCACAGUGAACUAAAUUACCUUAAGUCUGGUAACUUGUCACUCAUGUUAUCCUCAGAGAUCCUUUCUGCUCCACAGAUGACUGGCUGGUAACCCAAGACAAAAGACAAGGGGGCUCUUUGACCAUCGAAAAAUGACCAUGUCAUUUUCAGGACAUGCACAAUGUUUUGGAUCUAAUCGUAUUUUUUUGCGAUAGACCUUGAGUUCUUCCAAUAAUUUUAUUUUCUCUAGAUUGAUAUCUUUCACUGGUUGACAUUCACUUGAUCUUAAUUUUACUUAACAAGAUGUAACAGUCAUACUGUGAAUAAAUAUUUAUUUUAAUAGAGAAAUGAGCAACAGAUGAGUCAGUUUAUUAAUUACAAACAUGAGAAAGGAAGGGGUUACAUUCAAGUACUAGAAAAUUAAGGCAACAAACACAGCAUCAUGACACUAACAUGUACUGUAUAUAUGUCUUUCAGCAACAGAGCUCUCUGUAUGUGUGGGUGUGUGUGCAUGAUAGAGAUAUUAAUAAUAUGUAAUAGUUUCAGGUAGAUCCUUUUUCAUGACUGACUCCGUCACAGAAUAGUCCCAUUGCUGUCAAGGUGAUACACUCCUAAGCAACCUCCACUACCUGCCAUAGCUCUUCGAUUAGUGGGACAAGCUCCUUCUCCAGACGGAUAAUCAAACCUACAAACAACAACAGUUUGGAUAACACUUCAGAAUGCUGUACUUGUCUUCAUUCAUGCAGAGGAUAGAAAGUAGAGAUCUUCAUCUUACCUGUGUUGGCACUACUGCUUGCGAUGAAACUGAUCACCAACGGUAACCGGUUAAACUGCACAAUCUGGAAAAAAGUGAGAUUGUCAGCAUAACAAGGCACAUGGGUCAGUGUUUUUCAAUCUGUUCUUGAGGAGCACCAGGGAAUGCACAUUUUUUUGUUCUAGCCCAGCACUAACACACCUGACUCAACUAAUCACCAAGCCACCCCAGGCCUACAUCCUUUAUAUGUUAGGUUGUUUUUCAUAUGUAGAACAAAAUGUAAAUGUAUUACUACCUUGUAAAUGUAUGAAUGCUAAUCCACAGUUACCCCUUUUUUUUAAUUAUUAUAUAUUUUUUAUUUUAAGUCAUCAGCUUUGCCCACAGGGAAAUCAUAUGACUGUCUUAACCCAUGUUGAGCCAGCAACAUCCGAUUUAAGCUGUUUAAAAAUCCUUCAAAAUAAGAGCCAUGUAAACAGUGGAAAUGGUUAAUUCUGUUCAGUAGCACCCAGUAUCCAAAACCAUUGCAUUUCUGCAACUUGCUUAAUUUGCGUAAGCCAUAUUACUAAACCUAGAAAAAGGAGUGAAAAUAGAGAAUAGGAAAUUAAGAAAUAGAUUAGAUAGAAAGUGGGCUACUUAGUCUACUUCUCUGGGGUUAUCAUGCCCCCAGCUCAAAUAGAGGAAACUAUUUACACAUUUGUACAUCCCUCACACAGCCUUCAAAUGUUCAUUCAAAACUCUCCCCUGACAACAUAACAGGAGGUCUUGCUCAGAAUUUACCUCAAGGUUUGAAAUCUGAACUCAAUAAGGCAAUCCCAGUAACUAAUUAUGAUCUGGCCUUAGCAGUUUGAGUGAAACCUGCUGUUUGAAUAUCUGGCAUGCCUUUUCUGCAGUAGUGUCAGUAUAAUAUUGACCAAAGAAUGCGGCGCAAUAGGUCAUCUCUUUGUAUUUUAAUUUGUAGCUUAUAAAAUUGUGAUUUGAUUGGCAACUCGUUUUGUGAUAUAACAUGUGGGAACUGAGCAGCCCUCCUCACAAGGGCCCCUUACUUCACUCAUCUUUUACCGUAAUGAUCUUUAUCUUCAUCUUUUCCACCUACUCCAUAGUAUUUGGGGACUUUCAGAAAUGUGAACAGGACUUCUUCCAGUCAUUACAUCGAUGAUCAUGGACAGGUGGCCAAUGACUACAAUGGCUAAAGCCUUAACCCAGAGUAUGAGGAUGAGUAAGUACAGUUGAAGUACAGUUAACGAUGGUCAUUAUGGCCAAAGAGUUCUAUUUUUGUUUCAUCAGACCAGAGGACAUUUCUCCAAAAAGUACAAUCUUUGUUCACAUGUGCAGUUGCACACCGUAGUCUGGCUUUUUUUAAUGGCGGUUUUUGAGCAGUGGCUUCUUCUUUGCUGAGCGGCCUUUCAGGUUAUGUCAAUAUAGGACUCGUUUUACUGUGGAUAUAGAUACUUUUGUACCUGUUUCUUCCAGCAUCUUCACAAGGUCCUUUACUGUUGUUCUGGGAUUGAUUUGCACUUUUCGCACACCAAAGUACGUUCAUCUCUAGGAGACCGAAAGCGUCUCCUUCCUGAGGGGUAUGAUGGCUGCGUGGUCCCAUGGUGGUUAUACUUGCAUACUAUUGUUAGUACAGAUUAACACGGUACCUUCAGACAUUUGGAAAUUGCUCUUGGAGUUGUGGAGGUCUACAAUUGAUUUUCUAAGGUCUUGGCUGAAUUAUUUUGAUUUUCCCAUGAUGUCAAGCAAAGAGGCACUGAGUUUGAAGGUAGACCUUGAAUUACAUCCAUAAGUACACCUCCAAUUGACUCAAAUUAUGUCAAUCAGCCUGUCAGAAGCUUCUAAAGCCAUGACAUAAUUUUCUGGAAUUUUCCAAGCUGUUUAAAGGCACAGUCAACUUAGUGUAUGUAAACAUCUGACCCACUGGAAUUGUGAUACAGUGAAUAAUAAGUAAAAUAAUCUGUUUGUUAACAAUUGUUGGAAAAAUUACUUGUGUCAUGCACAAAGCAGAUGUCUUAACCGACUUGCCAAAACUAUAGUUUGUUAACAAGACAUUUGUGGAGUGGUUGAAAAACGAGUUUUAAUGACUCCAACCUAAGUGUAUGUAAACUUCUGACUUCAACUGUAGGUCUUCACGUCUGCUUUUAUUCAUCUGUUGUGUAUUUGUGCAGAGAUUGGCAUGAAUUUUGAGCACAUAUGGCAGAAGACAUUGACAGUGCUGAACCCUAUGAUCCCAGCAGAUGGCAGCAUCAUGAAUGAGACCGACCUGACACUAUUCUGUACUGUAUCGCUCUGGGUGUCACUUUACUCAUGGUGAAGAACCUCCCCAGCAGCUUAUGUCCAAGUGUGUGUGUGUUGCAUGUUUUCACAGCCCAAGUCAUCAUGAUUUACUAUUCAGAUAAAAAAUACUUGUAGCUUUGCUGUAUGUAACUGUGCAUGUAUUGUACUGAAAAUGUACUGUAAUAACAUGUAUUUACUCUUUAUAUAGGCAGGCAAAUCCCACUUUGGCUAUGUCUAUGGGAUCAGUACCAUCGGCUGUAUGAUGAUCUAUACCCUGUUGACCCUGAUGGGUUCCCUGACUGUGUCCUAUGGCUGUGUAGCCAGCGUGCUGGGCUACCGCCUCCUCCCCACUGUGCCACUAUCUGCAUUUGCAGUCGUCUUUCCCCGACAGCGAGUAGGCCUUUCCAGUCCAAAAACAAUUAAAAGAGGGAUCCUCAGAACGACCCUGGCCUUGCUGGUGAUUGGCUGGUGCAGUCUCUCAGCUUCCAAGAUCUUCAUCUCCACCCUGGCUAUGGAGGGUCAGCAGCUGUUGGUAGCGUACCCCUGUGCCCUGCUCUAUGGAGUCUUUGCCUUGCUAACAGUGUUCUGAAGGCCACUACUGUCACUGACUGUCAACAGAGAUCCAAUUUCUGAAGGACUACAUUGGGCAAUACAUGUCUGGUAUGGGUGUCAGUCUGGUAUUGAGUUAUAGUUAUAUAUGGAGUUUUAUUUGUUGAAUUCCUAUAUUUAAAAAAAAAAUGAGGCUCAGUUUUUCCAUAGGAUUUACUUUACAUUGUGAAAAAUGUAAUCUGGGUGUGUAAUUGGUUGACAUUUGUGCAUUGGAAUGUGCCAAUAAAUGGAAUUUGAAAUGUUA